UCAGACCAAAAAAAGGAGUCAAACAGAAACAAAAUUUUAACCAUAGGACAAAUUAUCAUCUGUGUUGGACAAAAACAAUUAUGCAUAUAAUGGAUAUGAAAUACACAUUCAGCCACUUUCAAAAACCAAUUCUCAAUUUCAAAUUUCAAACUCUCAUUUCUUAAGCAAAACCAACAAACACUAUUAGAGAUGCAAUGCAAGUAUAAUAGAUUAGGAAAAUGUUUCAUUGAGUUCCUUCAUGGACAAAGGCAAACAACCUAUGCUGGCAGGAUCUUCUGAUGUCCUUUCACAUGAUAUUGUUUGUCUCUCUUCCCCAAUUCAAAAGCUGAAAGACAAAGUUGGUGAGCAUUCUGCAGUUAUUAAAGAGUAUUUGAUGCCAAAGUUUGGUGAAGCUGUUUUGAGUGGUGAUGAGAAAUCACCAACUGAAAGUGUUACUAAGAGAUCAUCCCCCACGUACCAAGAUGAAGAAGAUAUGGAUCUGCCAUUUAAGUUGCUCAAGAGAAGUAUUAAGAUUGAAAUAUUUCACACAUGUAUUUUGCCCAACUAAUUCAUUCAAUAUGCACAUGAUGGGGAUGCAUAAGCUAUCAGUGCAACCUGGGAAGACUAUAUGAUGUAUGAAGUUGAGCUAAACAUAGGUUAUUUGAUAAAAGAAGAGGGAGGAGGAUCUUAUAGCAAUGCAAUGGAUGAGAAAAUUUAUUAAUGCAUUAGUUGUUUUCGAUUGUUUUUGUUUUCCCUUAAUUUUGUUAAUGCAUUGUGUGAUUCUAAGUUGUACAAAUAAAUCUUAAGUGCCAAAUCAUCGUUUUAUAAUAUUAUUUCCAUUCCAUUUUUAGUUUCCU